AUGCAAUUAGAGAAAAACUUCUUUUUUUUCAAGGUAUUGCCAGAAAAAACAACAGGAGAAGAAAUUUUUCGGGUCACAUCAGAAUACCUUGAACAAGGAGGACUUAAGUGGGAAAACUGCACAAGUGUCUGCACCGAUGGAACUGCAGCCAUGGUCGGGCGCACCAAAGGCUUUGUAAGCAGAGUGAAGGAAAGAAAUCCAGAUGUAAUUAUUACGCAUUGUUUUUUACACCGCGAGGCUCUCGUAGCCAAGACUUUACCAUCAGCCUUAGUUCAUGUGUUGGAUGAUGUUGUGCGCAUGAUAAACAUUGUAAAGUCACGACCCAUGAAAAGUCGCAUAUUUGCAGCUUUGUGUGAGGAGAUGGGAGCAAAGCAUAAAACCUUGCUGUUUCAUACGGAGGUCCGGUGGUUGUCGCGUGGCAAGGUCUUGGUUCGUGUGUAUGAGCUGCGGGAGGAACUUAAAGUGUUUCUGACAAAUGAGGGAUCAGAUUACGCAAAGCAGCUUGCAAGUGAUGAGUGGUGUGCAAGGCUGGCAUACCUGGCAGAUAUAUUUCAUCAUCUGAAUGAAUUGAACACCCGAAUGCAAGGCCGAAAUGAAAACCUGCUUACAAGUACAGAUAAAAUAAAUGCAUUCCGUUCAAAGGUGCAACUCUGGCAUCAACACGUGGAAAGUGGCAAUCUUGAAAUGUUCACACUCACCAUGCAAUGGCAAGGUGUUCACACUGCUGCACUGUUCUCCACUGAAUGCCUUGACUGGGUUAGGGACCCUUAUAGCUCAGCAUCAGUUGUUGAAAAGGAAAUGACUUUACAGGAGCAGGAGGAACUAAUUGAACUGAGACAAAAUCGUGGUUGCAAGCUAAGAUUUGCUGAUCUAACCUUUGGACAGUUUUGGUUGGAUACUGCCAAGGAGUUCCCCCUUCUGGCCAAACAAGCUAUUUUGACAUUGCUCCCUUUUUUCCACUACAUAUCUGUGUGA